GUCAUUAGAGCGCAAGAAUGCGAGAAUCGAAGAAACGAACGCACUCCACGGGCCGACCAGGGCGACGACCACCAACAAACAAACCACGAGCCACCAACAAGCGCGCGAAAAGGGAAGUCCACGGGAACAGCGAAAACAGCACGUGAAGCUGCAAUCUACGGUGGUUUAGCUACAGUUUCAGUUCUUGUGCGUGGUUUUUGUCGUUUUUGUAACAAAAUGACUCGAUAUGGCGACGAGCAUCGACUGUUCCUGCAAAUAAUGUUGACCCGGAAAAUACUUUCGUUGUCGGAGAUCAAAGCAGUGCUCGAGUUCUGUCACGAGAAAAACCGAGUGCCAUGCAACGCCACCAAAGAUGACGACUCCCUGACAAGGUUCGUAUCGGACAUCAACGGGAAAAUUGUGCCGUUCAGCAUGAGGAUAAAACACGGCGUGAGCGAGGACGACGGCCAACGCUUCUAUGCGCUCGUCAACCUCAAGGACAACGAUCUGUCAAAGUGUGCCACAAUGUUCUCGGGAAAUGAGAUGACCUAUUUCAAAAAACUUGUGCAGCAAAUAGCGGAGUCGAACACCGGAACAAUACAGUCGACUGAAGCUCUCAACAUCGCCAGUGGUCUCGACAACUGCAGGCUGUCGAUAGGCAUGGCCGAAGAUUUGAUCGAGCGUUGGCUGGAACUCGGCUGUUUGAUGCAGGAGGAAACAGCCGUGCCGAGAGACGGGUCUGAAGUGAGAACCCCCGUGCUUGACGGGGGACGCCUCAGUUUGAGUCCCCUAGGUCUCGCUGAGAUGGACACGUACCUGCAGCAGCAGUUUGGCGACGAGCUACCCAAGUGUCACAUGUGCAAACAGACCUGCCUCAAGGGGCAGACGUGCGCAAACCCAAACUGCACCGUCAAGCUGCACUACCACUGCGCCAACCAAGUCUUCCGCCUGGGUGCCAGUCCCAUCGACGGAUGCCCGCGCUGCAGCUUUCCGUGGAGAAGUUAAUUCUGUUUGCCAAAAGUAUAUAUAUAAAAAAAAAAAAAAAAAGCA